CUUGCUCUUUCACGGAUGUCUUUUCAUUUGUAGAAGUGACUGUGUGAAAUAGAUAUUAGAUUUAGGGCUUAUAAAACUCAAUUUCACAGCUAUGAGAUCUGUUUAUUUCACGUAAAGUUGUUCUAUAUUGUAUAGAGUGGUUUUUAAAUGUUAUUAAUUUGUGCAUAAAAAUAUCAAACUAAAAUGUGGUUGAUGACAGUGUAAAAAGAGUGAUUGCUACGAACCAGCUUUACAAAUAACCGCUUAAUUGUGCCCUCAAUAAAAUAUAUACAGUAGAAAAUUAUUAUGUUAUUGUAAAUAGCAGUUUUGAGUCUGAUCGAGUGACGUAAUCGCAUGAGUUCCGGGACCCUGUGCAAUCACUGAGUGACACGAUGAGUUCUUCCAGCUCGAGCAUGCUGAAACCACAGCCGCGGCCUAUUGACUUGGAUCAGAUAUGGGGCGAUCUGCAAGAAGGCAUCGAACUUGUGUACAGAAGACAGCACAUCGUGAAAAAUAGAUACAUGGACUUUUAUACGCACGUAUACAACUACUGUACAUCCGUACAUCAGGCUAACUCGCCGAUGUCCAGAGUGAACUCCAAUAAGGCCAUCUUUACAGGACGGAAACAGGGCGGCCAAGUCCAAGGUGGAGCACAAUUGGUUGGACUGGAACUAUACAAAAGGUUACGGGAGUUUCUGAGGAUCUAUCUUAUUAAUUUACUCAAGAACGGAGCAGACCUAAUGGGCGAAGAUGUAUUAGCAUUUUACACUAAACAGUGGGAGGAGUAUCAGUUUUCCUCCCGAGUCCUCAACGGUAUCUGUUCGUACCUCAACAGGCAUUGGGUGAAACGCGAAUGCGAAGAGGGUAGAAAGGGUAUCUACGAGAUAUAUCAGUUAGCAUUAGUGACAUGGCGUGACAAUUUGUUCAAAUGUUUGAACAAGCAAGUGACCAACGCCGUUCUGAAACUUAUCGAGAGGGAGCGAAAUGGGGAGACCAUUAACACUCGACUCGUUUCUGGGGUAAUCAACUGCUACGUAGCCCUGGGUCUGAACGAGGAGGAACCUUCGGCUCGAGGUCAAAACCUGGCCAUUUACAAAGAGACUUUUGAGUCCAUCUUCCUAGAAGACACAGAACGCUUCUACACCAGAGAGAGUACCGACUUCUUGAGGAAUAACCCUGUUACCGAGUAUAUGAUUAAGGCCGAACAGCGGUUGCAAGAAGAACAGAGGCGCGUACAGGUGUAUCUGCACGAAACUACAAUGGAGCGGCUGGCGAAGACCUGCGACCGAGUGCUCAUCGAGAAACACCUGGAGAUUUUCCAUUCGGAGUUCCAGAAACUUUUGGAUGGCGACAAGAACGCUGACUUGGGUCGCAUGUACAGUUUGGUGGCCCGUAUCCCCAACGGCCUGGUGGAACUUCGGCGUCUUCUUGAGCAGCACAUCCACGCGCAGGGCUUACACGCUAUCGACAAGUGUGGCGACUGUGCACAUACGGAUCCAAAAGUGUACGUAUCGACGAUCCUGGAAGUGCACAAAAAAUACAACGCGCUCGUUUUGGUCGCAUUCGUGAACGAGUCCGGCUUCGUUACCGCUCUAGAUAAAGCCUGCGGGAGGUUUAUUAACAGUAACGCAGUGACAAAGGCUGCUAACUCGUCAUCGAAGAGUCCAGAACUUUUGGCUAAGUAUUGCGAUCUCCUUUUGAAGAAAUCCAGCAAGAAUCCUGAGGAAGCUGAGUUGGAGGAUACACUGAACCAAGUUAUGGUGGUAUUCAAAUACAUUGAAGACAAAGACGUGUUCCAGAAGUUCUACAGCAAGAUGCUUGCCAAGCGGCUCGUACAACACAUGUCGGCUAGCGAUGAUGCCGAGGCCUCUAUGAUCUCAAAGCUAAAGCAAGCGUGUGGUUUCGAAUACACAAGCAAACUACAAAGAAUGUUCCAGGACAUUGGAGUAUCAAAGGACCUGAACGAAAACUUCCGAAAACACAUGGCGAACAGUUCUGAACAGCCGCUACACAUCGACUUCAGCAUCCAGGUCCUGUCAUCGGGUUCCUGGCCCUUCCAGCAGUCUUCCAGCUUCCAGCUGCCCACUGAGUUGGAGCGAUCAGUGCACAGGUUCACAACGUUCUACUCGUCUCAACACUCGGGCAGGAAGCUCAAUUGGCUCUAUAACAUGAGCAAGGGGGAGCUUGUCACUAAUUGCUUUAAGAACAGAUACACACUGCAAGCGAGUACAUUUCAAAUGGCGGUGCUCCUGCAGUACAACGACAACACAUCGUGGACAGUGCGUCAGUUAGAACAACACACGGGCAUCAAGGGCGACUUCCUUAUACAGGUGUUACAAAUCCUAUUGAAGGCGAAACUAUUGGUGUGCCCGGACGACGAAUCCGAACUAACGGAAUCGUCCAUCGUGGAUCUAUAUUUAGGAUACAAAAACAAAAAGCUCCGCGUGAACAUAAACAUCCCGCUGAAAACUGAGCUGAAGGUGGAACAGGAAGCGACACACAAACACAUAGAAGAAGACCGCAAGAUGCUUAUUCAGGCUGCCAUAGUAAGGAUAAUGAAGACACGGAAGACGUUGAAACACCAGCACCUCGUGGUGGAAGUGCUGAACCAGCUGUCGUCGCGGUUUAAGCCACGCGUUCCUGUCAUCAAGAAAUGCAUCGAUAUUCUGAUAGAGAAGGAGUAUCUGGAGCGCACCGAGGGAGAGAAGGACACAUAUAGCUACCUAGCGUGAUCUCUCACACUACACGAAUCAAAUAAACUGUAACAAUAUUAACUAUU